AGUCGCUUCAUGCUGUUUCGCUCUUGUUAGUCAGUAAGAAGCUGCUAGAAAGCAGAAUUCGACGGAUAUUCUGCAGCGAUGGCAGACUUCAACAUCAACUCGGAGCAACUGUCCAAGUUCAUGCGCAUAUGCUUCGAGAAUCCUUUAAACUCACAGGUUGAAGAAAAAGUCUUGCCAGCUCUUGAAGAGCUUGGCGGGCAUGAAGGAAUUGUGAAAAAGUUGAGAACGGACUCAGUUAACGGCAUUAGCAGCAGCGAAGUAGACACGAGAAAGUCAUUCUUUGGAUCGAACUACGUUGAACCUGAUCCACCAGAUUCCAUCUUUCAGAUAGCUUGGGAGGCGCUUCAGGACCCGUGCUUGAUUUUCCUUUGUUUUGCGGCUUGCGUCUCUUUCUUUGUCGGCAUCGUCUUCAACGAAGGAAUGGAGUGGCUUGAGGGCCUGGCGAUCUUGAGCGCUGUGUUUGUAGUCGUCACGGUAUCGGCUGUGAAUGACUAUAAGAAGGAGCAGCAGUUUCGAGCUCUGAAUGCUGUGAAGGACGAUGUGAAGGUAACCGUGAUCAGAAGGGGAGAGAAGGAGAAAAUCUCAACUCAUGACAUUGUUGUGGGCGAUGUAGUGUUGCUCAGCACGGGUGACCUGGUCUGUGCGGAUGGUCUUGUGUUUGACAAGAACGACUUGGGGAUCUCAGAAGCCAUGCUCACGGGAGAGACUGUAAUCAAGCGCAAAGGCCCUUUUGAGCUAGGUUCGAGUGCAUCGUCGGCAGCAAAGGUGAUCCCUGCAUUAUUUGCUGGGACAUUCGUUCAGGAAGGCGAAGGAAGAAUGUUGGUAACUGCAGUCGGCACGCACACAUAUCAAGGGCUUAUGGAGGAGAAGAUGAGGGAAGAGGAGGAAGAAAAGAGCGUUCUUCAGCAAAAGCUGGAUAAAAUGACAGAGCUCAUAACGAAAGCAGGUGCCAUUGCAGGAGGCAUGACAGUUGCGAUUUUGCUCCUGAGAUUCGUGAUUGCAUUUGCAAACAAGGAUUGCUGCAAGGAAACAUUCGAUCAUUCAAUACAUCAUCUUGAGUGGUUGCGUUUCCUUGUAGUUGGUGUCACAGUGUUUGUUGUGGCUGUUCCUGAAGGUCUCCCGCUUGCUGUGACCAUCACGCUAGCUUUUUCAGUGAGCAAGAUGAUGGAAGAUAACAAUCUUGUUCGUCACUUGAGCGCAUGCGAGACCAUGGGAAGUGCAACAACUAUAUGCUCAGACAAGACAGGGACUCUCACGACCGGGAAAAUGACAGUGGUGAAACUUUGGUCUUGUGGAGAGGCUGACGAAACCAUUGCUGCUUCGAUUCAAAGGAUUCCAGCCGCAGUGCAGAAACUUCUGGCUGAAGCCAUCGUUGUCAAUACGUCCUUCAAGUCUGAUGUCGAGUGGGAUCCGGUCAGUGGAAAUGUGAUGAAGUACACGGGCAAUGAUACGGAGUGUGCCAUGCUGUGUUUGUCGAACAAGAUACUUGUGGCCCAAGGUUUCAAGUCGGGCAACCCAUACAAAGAUGUUCGACAAACAUAUCCUUUGGAUGAUCCAAAUCGCCAUGCUAUUUCCUUUUCAUCUGACCGCAAGAGAAUGAGUACCUUGAUCAUCCCGCAAGGAUCAACUUCGUUCCGCCUUUACACCAAGGGGGCUUCUGAAAUUGUGUUGGGCCUUUGUAAAUGGGUGAUUGACCAGAAUGGGUCUGUUGUUGAGCUUACAGAAGCCAUGAAGUCCCAACUCACAGAGGAGAUCGGAAAGUUUUCAGAUGAGGGACUGCGAACGCUUUCAGUGGCGUAUCGUGACUUCGAUCAAUCACCCAACAUGGAUGAAGAGGAAAAAGUUGAGAACGACCUUGUCUUGAUUGGUCUACUCGGAUUAGAGGAUCCUGUCAGGCCAGAGGUACCUGAGGCUAUCCGAGUCUGCAAACGAGCUGGGAUCGUUGUCAGGAUGGUUACAGGCGAUAACCCUCGAACUGCAGCUGCGAUCGCAAAGAAGUGUGGAAUCCUGUCUGAUGACGAUGAUUCUGCUACGAUCAUGACUGGCUCGGACUUUCGAGAGAAGGUAUUGGACGAGCACGAUGAGAUCGACAUGGAUGAAUUCGACAAGAUCUGGGUGGACCUGCGAGUAUUGGCGAGGUCGUCGCCUCUCGACAAGCUGACGCUGGUCACUGGCAUUCAACAGAGUAAGGCCUCCACGCCACAAGUCGUUGCAGUGACAGGAGAUGGAACCAAUGAUGCUCCUGCGCUGAAGAAAGCAGAUGUGGGCUUUGCAAUGGGCAUUACUGGAACUCAAGUAGCGCAAAAUGCUGCAGAUAUCAUUGUCUUGGAUGAUAACUUUGCAUCGAUCGUGCAAGCGGUGAAAUGGGGUAGAUGUGUGUAUGACAAUAUCUGCAAAUUCUUGCAAUUCCAGCUCACAGUCAACCUCACGGCUUGUGCGAUAGCUGUGGCCGGAGCUUCCAUCCUGACAAAGAGUCCGCUCAACGUGAUUCAGUUGCUCUGGGUCAACAUGAUUAUGGAUUCGUUUGCCUCGCUCGCUCUUGCAACUGAGGAUCCUCGCCCGGACCUGUUGAACCGCAAGCCGUAUCCUCGCACGCAGCCGCUGCUGUCUCCGUACAUGCUCCGGUCCCUCCUCUGCCACGCGAUUUGGCAGCUCAUCAUCCUGUGCAUCUUUAUCUUUGGGGUUGGCGACGUUUGUCCGGAUUCGCAUAAUCUAAACUAUUGUGGAAAUUCAACCAUCUAUCAUGAUAACAUUGGGGCCGUCAAAUCCGGUCGCCCGGCAGCGUUCGACAGUCAAUAUCUGCCCAGUGCGGAAAAUUGUAUACCGGUUAAUGAAAGGCCGCCUGGCUAUUGCAAGCAAGAAGUUGAGGAAGAUUCAAAGCCAAACCAACACAACGCUAUGAUCUUCACUGUCUUUGUUCUGAUGCAAUUGUUCAACCAGAUUAAUGCCAGAAAAAUACAUGGGGAAUGGAAUGCUUUCACUGGAAUCUUUGACAACAAGUUCUUUCUUUCCGUCAUGGGUCUAGAAUUUGCCAUGCAGUUCCUCAUGGUCGAGAUCCCUGGUGUGAACACUGCCGUCGGCUGUACCGGAAUGACGUUCGGGCAGUGGGUCCUCUGCAUUUUUAUCGGGGCGACUGAGCUUCCGAUGCAUCUGUUGAUCGCGCGAGUGCCGUUGAAGUGGCUUCCGAAGAGGCUGACGGCAAGCUAUGACUCCGGUGCGGGAGAUGGGAUUCCUUUGCUAGCUAUGAAGUGAGGGCGUUCAAGGGCCUGAGCCCCCGAGUGGUCGGAUCGACACAGACAACUUUUAAUAACAAACUUGAAAACUCUAAUCAAUGGUUGCUGUAACAUGUAUUCCUAAUUUCCGAUGAAAGCAAAAAAGUGCG